AUGGAUAAUCAUGACAGAAUGGAUAAGAACAAUGAGCUAAAGGUUAAAUUUCAGUCUAAUUCUUUCGAUGUUGCAUUUCGUGAUUUAAAGGCCACUGCUAAGUCUCGACAUGUUCUAUAUGUUCAAGAUGUGAAGGCUGUUCGAGAAAAUGUAAAUCUAAAUAUUCAAGAGUUACAUGAAGACGUGACGAACGAGAUAGCUACCGUAGAUAAGAAUUCUUCUACUCUUCACAAUAAGGUAGAUGUAAUUGUUGACGCUGUUGCAAAAGCCGUUGAACUCUACUCUUCAUUGGUUCUGAAGUUUGAUAACAAGGCUAGGAUGGAUGUUACUAGUUUUGGCAAUGUUGAUAGAUUGUUGCAAGAGUUAAAGGAUCUUAUGUCCAAGUAUUAUUCUUCAAAGACUUCGAUUGUAUCUCCUGAGUUUUUCAAUGAAAAUUUUCGCAUGUUAGAGUCCUCAAUUCACAAUGAAUUGGCCCCACAUGCGAUGUUUGCAAAUUUUAUGCCAACGACUGACCUGCCUGUGAGCACAGGUAUGCAAGGGGGAGAAAGGAGAAUUUUUGGCAUUAGAAGUGGAUAUAAAGGAGAAGGGGGUUAUGGAAGUGUUAAUGGUGAUGCGAAGGUGGUUGGUAAAGUGUUGACUAAACAAAUUCCAACAUCUCUACCAAAAACAUCAAUUAUAACUUCAUCAACAAUAACAACAAGGCCUAUCACAAAGGGAAUUGUAAUUGGAACUGCAGUGGAGAGUCAGGAUCAUUGA